AUGCCCACAGCCUUCUCCCCACUCGUGGACGCCGUGGACCAUCCGCAUCCGCCCGAUCACGCCAGCCACUCCCCGCAUCACCCCACCCAGAUGCGCGCGCAGCAGCCCACUUUCAACACGAAGAAGCUCUGCAUCGUCAUGGUCGGCCUCCCGGCCAGGGGAAAGACCCACAUUGCCCAGUGCCUCCAGCGCUACCUCAACUGGCUCGGCUUCAAGACCGCCGUUUUCAACGUCGGCAAUUACCGUCGCAUGAUGCUCGGCGGCAAUCAACCCGCAGACUUCUUCGACCCUGAGAAUCAGCAAGGCGUCCGCGCACGCAUGGAGCUCGCCGUCGAGUGCAUGAAUGACAUGGUCGAGUGGUUCAGUAACGGCGGCCUCGUCGGUAUAUAUGACGCCACCAAUUCCACCAAGAUCCGCCGCAGCAUGGUGAAAACACGCUUGGAAAACGUUGGCGUUCGCGUCCUGUUUUUGGAAAGCCUCUGCACAGACCCCAAUAUCGUCGAAAAGAAUAUUAUAGAGACAAAGCUUCGUUCCCCGGAUUAUCGCCACGCGGACCCGGAGGAGGCCGUCUCCGAUUUUAAAAAGCGAAUAGAGCUCUACAACAAUUCUAGCGAGACCGUUGAAGACUCGGAGAACACUUCCUACAUCAAAAUCGUCAAUGUUGGCAGGCAAAUGAUCCUAAACGACAUUCAGGGUUUUGCCCAGGGUAAGAUCGUCAGCUUUCUGCUCAAUAGCCACAUCAUGGCUCGCAGCAUCUAUCUGUCACGCCACGGAGAGUCUGAGUGGAACGUCACCGGCCAGCUGGGCGGUGACCCCAAGCUCACUGAUCGCGGCCGUGCUUAUGCCCAAUGCCUUUCCAAAUUCAUCGACGCCGAGUUCACCAAGAAGGGAAAAGAACUACCGUUGGUCUGGACAAGUCAGCUUCAGCGUACUCGACAAACCGUCGAACACAUUCCUACCAUGAACGUCCGAUGGCGCGCUUUGAACGAGAUAGAUGCUGGAAUUUGCGAAGGCAUGACGUAUGAAUCCGUCGCAGAUAAACUCCCGCAAGUCGCCCGCGCCCGCAAGCAUGACAAGCUCAAGUACAGAUACCCCGGCGGCGAAAGUUAUGUGGACGUCAUCACACGUCUCGAGCCUGUCAUAUUAGAAGUGGAGCGCCAGCGUGGGCCAGUCUUGAUUGUCGCACACAACGCAGUCAUUCGCGCCAUCUAUGCGUACUUCAUGGGCAAAUCGCAGGAAGAAUGCCCAUACAUUGACAUUCCGCUACACACGGUCUUCAGGCUCACCACCCGUGCGUAUGGUGCUGAGGAACAAUUGUUUCCUUUGGAAGUCGCCCAUACUUAUCAGAACAAAACCCCAGAGUCUUGCGACAGCAGCGACGAGCAGGCAGAAAGAGCAAACGAUAACACCGUCACACAGCUUGAAAAUGGUUUGCACGAUACGAAGAUUGGUUGAUGCGUCUUAAACGUGACGUCAAUCACCACCGAGGAAUUCGUGGCCUCACUGGUUCUUCGUCACAAAGCCCUUUGUUUCGUGCCUUGAUCCGAUUCCGCCUGUACAUGCUUCUUGCAGCUUGCUAACAGUAAACGAUGUUAACAUAAACUAACAUUUGCGAGCUUAGAGCAUGCUCAGCAGUGUG